AUGGGAAAAGAGUUCGAGUUGAUAGACUCUAUCCUAUUAGAUUCCAUGUCGACAACAUCAUCCAACAUGGACGGAACUUCCACCCCAACACACACCGUCAUGUCAGAGACACUCACAGACUACACUGAAUCUGUUCCCUAUCCUGGCGCUCACUUCAUCAUUCGCCAGCGCGACACAGGCAAAGUCAUCACUCUCGUAGCCGGUGACCUUCAGCUUGCCGACGGUCUGAACCCCAAGGGUGGUUAUCACUGGGAAUGCAUCGAGAAAAACAGAUGGCUUGGUUUCCGCAACUGCGUGUCGGGGACCAUCAUCGGCCACAACAACAACAAAAAGUUCGUUGCAAGAGCAGAGAAGCACCAGUCUUACGAAUACAUUACACUCAGACCGAAUCCCCAAGGUGGCUACGAGCUUAUGACGAAACACAACCAUGAUGAGCUAUGGAGCAUGAACGUGGCAGAUGAUGGACAGCAGUUGGUUGAGACCAAAGGACAAGGCGCCUUGUGGGACUUUUUGAAAGUCUAG